AUGAGGGAGAUCGUGCAUCUUCAAGCCGGACAAUGUGGCAACCAGAUUGGUGCAAAAUUCUGGGAGGUGAUAUCCGACGAGCAUGGCAUCGACCCGACCGGCGCCUACCACGGAGACUCCGAUCUCCAGCUGGAGCGCAUCAACGUCUACUACAACGAGGCGACGGGCGGUAAAUACGUGCCCCGGGCGAUCCUCGUCGAUCUCGAGCCCGGCACCAUGGACGCCGUCAGAUCCGGACCGUUCGGCCAGAUCUUCCGACCGGACAACUUCGUGUUCGGCCAGUCGGGCGCGGGCAACAACUGGGCCAAGGGCCACUACACCGAGGGCGCCGAGCUCGUCGACUCGGUCCUCGACGUCGUGCGGAAGGAGGCCGAGAGCUGCGAUUGCCUACAGGGCUUCCAGUUGACACACUCGCUGGGCGGUGGCACCGGUGCCGGCAUGGGCACACUCCUCAUCUCCAAAAUCCGCGAGGAGUAUCCCGAUCGCAUAAUGAUGACGUUCAGCGUCGUGCCCUCGCCCAAAGUCUCCGACACCGUGGUCGAGCCCUACAACUGCACACUGUCGGUGCAUCAGCUCGUCGAGAACACCGACGAGUCCUACUGCAUCGACAACGAGGCGCUGUACGACAUCUGCUUCCGCACCCUCAAGCUCACCACGCCGACUUACGGCGAUCUCAAUCAUCUGGUGUGCGCCACCCUGAGCGGCGUCACCACCUGUCUGCGAUUCCCCGGCCAGCUGAACGCCGAUCUCCGCAAACUGGCCGUCAACAUGGUGCCGUUCCCCCGGCUUCACUUCUUCAUACCCGGCUUCGCUCCGCUGACCUCGAGAGGAUCGCAGCAGUAUCGCUCGCUGACCGUGCCCGAGCUCACCCAGCAGAUGUUCGACGCCAAGAACAUGAUGGCCGCCUGCGAUCCGCGCAACGGACGCUACUUGACCGUGGCCGCCGUCUUCCGCGGUCGCAUGUCCAUGAAGGAGGUCGACGAGCAGAUGCUCAACAUACAGAACAAGAACAGCUCGUACUUCGUCGAGUGGAUACCGAGCAACGUGAAGACGGCCGUGUGCGACAUACCGCCGCGCGGCUUGAAGAUGUCCGCCACCUUCAUCGGCAACUCCACGGCCAUACAGGAGCUGUUCAAGCGCGUGAGCGAGCAGUUCACCGCCAUGUUCAGGAGGAAGGCUUUCCUGCAUUGGUACACGGGCGAGGGAAUGGACGACAUGGAGUUCACCGAGGCCGAGAGCAACAUGAACGAUCUCGUCUCGGAGUAUCUGCAGUACCAAGAGGCCUCGGCCGACGAGGAGGGAGAGUUCGACGAAGACGAGGGAGAAAACGAGGAGAAAUAG